CCCCCCCCCCGUCCGCUGAGCAAACCGACCCCCCCCCCAGGAGCUGGUUUCCAUCUCCCUCCGGCCACAUCUGGGACAAAAACUGUUGUUUUGUGAGCGUUAGGCUCCUGACAUCGAAGGUGGAAGGAUGACGGAGGCAUGGCAGCAGCAGCAGCAUGCAGUGGCUCCACCCUCCGUGGUGCACACACUCCCCCAAGGAGCCGACAACCCUCUGGGCUGCACCGUGUACGGCGUGGUUCUGCAGCCGGAUACCUCCCUGCAGCAGCCCCAGCAGCACGCCGUGCAGGCCCAGCAGGCCUCCUUACAGGUAGGGGGCGACAGAGGGCACAAGUGUGGCGUGUGCGGACUUGACAUUUCCCAUCUGGCCAACCCUCACGAGCAUCAGUGCAUGGUGACCCAGGACCGGUCCUUCCAGUGCACGCAGUGCAUGAAGAUCUUCAGCCAGGCCACGGACCUCCUGGAGCACCAGUGCGUGCAGGUGGAGCAGAAGCCGUUCGUGUGCGGAGUGUGCAAGAUGGGCUUCUCACUGCUCACCUCCUUGGCUCAGCACCACAACUCGCACGGCAACGGAAACAAUCCCAUGAAGUGCUCCAUCUGCGAGAAAACCUACCGACCCGGCUCCGGGAACGUCACCCCCACCUCGUCCGGCGGAAACCCCCAGCAGCCCUCCACGGGGGAGACGUCCGGGGGCGGCGCCGUGAUCAGUGCCUCGUCUCCUCCGGCGUUUGAGGCCUCCGCUCCGGACAGACCCUACAAGUGCUCGGUGUGCCACAAGUCCUUCCGGCAUCUGUCGGAGCUGACCCGCCACGAGCGGACGCACACGGGGGAAAAGCCAUACAAGUGCGACACCUGCGACAAGAGCUUCAGCCAGUCCUCGCACCUGGCUCACCACCAGCGCACGCACAGCUCGGAGCGGCCGUACAAGUGUGCCGUGUGCGAGAAGAGCUUCAAGCACCGCUCCCACCUGGUGCGUCACAUGUACGCCCACUCUGGCGAGCACCUCUUCAAGUGUAACCUCUGCGAGAUGCAUUUCAAGGAGUCGUCCGAGCUCCUGCAUCAUCAGUGCCAGCCGGAGGGGGAGCGGCCUUUCCGCUGCGGCUCCUGCGGGAAGAGCUUCAAGCGGCCGUCCGACCUGCGGCAGCACGAACGCACGCACUCUGAGGAGCGACCCUUCCAGUGCGAGGAGUGUCAGAUGAGCUUCAAGCAGCAGUACGCCCUGGUUCGCCACCGCCGCACUCACAAGAACCCGGCCGACCGGCCUUUCAAGUGCAACCUCUGCGACAAGAGCUUCCUCCAGCCGUCCCACCUGCUCUACCACCAGCAGGUCCAUGGCAUGGAGAGCCUCUUCAAGUGCGCGUCCUGCCAGAAGUCCUUCAGCCAGUCGGGAGAGCUGCUGCGGCAUAAAUGUGGCGGGGAGGUGGAGAAACCCUACAAGUGUGACGUUUGUGGCAAAGGCUACAAGAAGAACUCCACGCUGCAGCGCCACCAGAACACGCACUGCACCGAGAAGCCGCUCAAGUGCUCGCUGUGCGACAAGCGCUUCGUCUCCUCCUCCGAGUUCGUCCAGCACCGCUGCGACCCCACCAGGGAGAAGCCGCUGAAAUGCCCCGACUGCGAAAAGCGCUUCAGGUAUUCGUCGGAGCUGCAGCGCCACCGCCGCGUCCACACGGGGGAGAAGCCUUUCAAGUGUGCCAACUGCGACAAGAGCUUCAAGCAGCGCGAGCACCUCGCCAAGCAUCAGAGCGUGCACUCCAGGGAGACGCAGUUCAAGUGCGUGUGGUGCGGGGAGCGCUUCGUCGACCUGGCGGCUCUGCAGGAGCACACGGUCCAGCACACGGCGGAGGGGGAGAACUUCCCGGAAGCGCCGUGCAUCCCGUGAGGCGAGCUGCAGGCAGGACAGUCCUUGUGAGGAACUGCGCUCUUUUCUAAGGCACUCACCUGUUUUUUUCUUGUCGGUGAACACGUCUCGCCCUCGCCCCUCCGCGCAUCACAGGAACCGGACAGAGACGAGCAGGAGCCCUCGUUUCUGGAGAAAACGUGAAGACAUGGAAAGACUUGGAAGGUUUUGUUUAGAGACGGACCUUAGUCUGUGGUUGCAUGUGGUAGCUUGUCGUGUCCGUUUUGGAGAAAGGCGACCGGAGCGUCCCGUCUGCGAAUUCUCCUGAUAGGCUCCUCUGUGGUCCGUGUGCCUCGUCCUCCUCUUACCUUUUUUUGUUAUUUUUUUAAUCACUUUUGGUUUUAAUUUAACGUUGGGUGAAAGCAAAGGCCCUUCAGGCGGCAGCUGGUGUGUGCAGCAGGAUCCUCCGACAUACUCUAGGCCAGGUGUUGCCAUCCGUUUGUGCAUGAAUAUUUAUCCCAUUUAAUACCCCCGAUGUAUCAUAGACUUUGUUUAGGAAAACGUCCCAAGAGGAAGAAAAAAAUCCAGUGGUUUUUGUGAAAAAGUGAAGUGUGUGUUGUCGACUCUUUGUAUGAAAACAGAGGAGCUGUCGGUGAAAAAGCCAAACCCUCGGUGUCAGACACGCGUGCACUAGAGGAAGCACAGUGGAAUAUUUAUGACUACUGAUUCCUGGAUUGGUGGACUCUGUCAUAUUAGAGACUGACUGUGUGUACACGCUGUAUAAACAUGGAUAGUGCUUAUGUUACCCGCUUUCUGUUAGCUACGAAUGAACUGGCUGUUUCAUAAACAGCUUAAGCCUCACGUCCUCGAGGACCAACCCAACAAGUCCUCCAAGCACUGUGCUGCUCACUCGCCACAAGCUAGCUGCUGUUAGGUAGUGUGAUAGGUCUAACCCACUUCUGUUAUUUUAUAAGAAUCUGCAUUUUAUUCCCCUCACAGGACCCCCCCCAUCCAAACAGACCUAAAUAACCCGAGUAGCUCUUGAGAAGCCACAUGAUGUGUUUGUUCAAACCAGAGAUUAUCUUUGAGAAAGAUGUCUUUAAGUUCACGGUGUGGAUUUCUAUCUUCUGUACAAUCUUUGCGUUAUAUUUAAAGCAGGUUUUUGAGUGAAUGGGGGGGGGGGGGUAUCCCGUGUAACCCUAAAGCUCCUGCUUGGGGGAGGGGCAUACGGAUAGCGUUAUAGACUCCUGUUCAUACUGUAUAUUCAAAUAAAAGCCCUCAUAAGUACGGU